AUGGGUGGUGCAGCGACGGAGCCGCCUUCGGUCUCCCUAUCGUUCGCCAACAAUUUCUGGGGCAAAGAUGACGCCGGCGUCGGUCCCAUGCUCGACCGCAUGCAUGCGGCCAAGGUCACCAACGACGAACUCAAAAACUUCUACGCAGCCCGCUCAGCAAUCGAAGAGGAAUACUCGCGGAAACUCCUAAAUCUCUCACGCAAGCCCCUGGGAUCAUGUGAAACCGGCACCCUACGACUGUCGUGCGAUGUCAUCCGAGCCGAGGUCGAGUCCAUGGGCAAGGCGCACCAGAGCAUAGCACAGCAGAUGAAGACAGAGCUAGAAGAGCCACUACAGGCGUUCGCUGGUGGAAUGAAGGAGCGCAGGAAGAUUGUGCAGAACGGUAUCGAGAAGCUGCUCAAGCUGAAGAUGCAGCAGACGUCGACUGUCAACAAGGCACGCGACCGGUACGAGCAGGACUGUCUCAAGAUCAAGGGUUUCCUAGCGCAGGCGCACAUGGUCAUGGGACACGAGGAGCGAAAGAACAAGGCAAAGCUGGAGAAGACCCAAAUCAAUCUGGCGACAACGAGCAGCGAAUACGAGGCCGCGGUCAAAGUGCUUGAAGAGACCACUGGCAGAUGGAACAGGGACUGGAAAGCCGCCUGCGACAAGUUCCAGGAUCUCGAAGAGGAGCGCAUCGAUUACACAAAGAGCAGUCUCUGGAACUUCGCCAACAUUGCCUCCACAGUAUGCGUCAGCGACGAUGCCGGAUGCGAGAAGAUGCGCCUGUCCCUCGAGGAUUGCGACGUAGAGAAGGACAUCAGCGGCUUCAUCAAGGAGUCCGGUACUGGCCAGGAGAUCCCCGACCCUCCCAAGUUCAUCAACUUCUGCAGAGGAGACGCCGAGACCUCAUCGCAGGUUGACGAGGACGAGAACUACUCAGUCGCCCAGUUUGCUAGGACCUUGAACCCAUCCUACCGCGCUUCAUCACCAGCGCCAUCUACAUUCUCCUCGCAUCACGAUCCAAACAACCCACUAAAUCAUUCAGACAGCCAGUGGAACCACCGCCUCCGCUCAUGGAUGAACCCCGCAGGCGUGGAGAAUCUCCCCACCAACAGGCAGAAUCUCCCCGACAAUCCACCAAGACAGCAGCAGCAGCACAUCGAGCCUCUGAGACAACAUACAGACCCACCAAGACAGCAGCAGCAGCACAUCGAGCCUCUGAGACAACAACAACACCACAUUGAACCUCUGCGACAACAUGUGGAGCCACCAAGGCAACCAGAGCCACAGCAAGCCCCUCCAUCCCCACAAGUUGCACGCGCAGUACAGCCAGAUCCUCGAUUGGUUCAGGCACAGCAACAAGCUCGUCAACAAUACCAGCAGAGUCAAGCUCCACACAACGACUAUCCUGCGGAUGGUAUGACACAGUUCUGCCGCAUCGAUGCGCCGUCUGAUCGCAGCUCGAUCCCAAGUCCCGCUCGACCUGCCAGUAGGGAUUCACAGAGCGAUUACUCCAACCCCACGUCUUUCUCUAGCAUCGAGCCUCCAAGUGGUUCAGCAUCUCCUGGCAAGCCAAUGCCACAAUCACCGUUGCCUGAACCCAGCCCGAUUGAAGAGGGCUCCGUGGCAAAGAAGAGGGGCUUCUUCAACAGCCCCUUCGCACGGAGAAAGAGCAAGCACGAAGUCGAGACUCCAGCAGCUCUGACUCCUGCCAAUCGCAACCGCAACACAUGGGCACCUCCCGCGCGCAGGAACACGGAAGAGAACACCAGCCCUACCAAGAGCUUUGCUACUAGAGCUACUCCUCGCAAUGCCAUACAGAGUCGCGCUCCCUCGCCCAGCCCUGAACCAGCGGAUCCUCGUGCCAACUUCCAGCUCAACGUUGGUAACAACGUUUUCGACGUGGCGUCGCCGGACAAGAAGAAGCAACAAGAGCAGGAAGAGUCGCAAGAGGAUCUUGAUCCGAUUGCGCAGGCCCUUGAGGAGCUGAGAGGUGUCACUAAGCAGACGUCUGUUCGUCAGCAGCCCGAUGAUCGCAAGCAGGCUUCUUCUCGCCAGACUGCCGAUCGUUACCAUGGUCUCGCAACGCCUGCCCCGGGUACACCUGCUGUCGGGUCGAAGUUGGCAGGUAGUGCACCUACUCCCCUUUCUAACGUCGACCUGAGCGCUGCAAAGCGAGGCACACCUCCACCAACAUACGAGCAGCCAAAACGCGAGCAGCCGCCUCCCCAGCCUCGUGAGCAGCCGCGCGAACAACCACCCAUGUCUCACCUGGGUGCCCCCAAGCCAGCGCAUACUUCGCGCGCUAUGCAGAAGACGACUCAGAUGUACGUCAAUCAGAAGAAUUCAUACCGCUCAUCUGGAGGGCAAUCACAGCCAGCAUCGCCCUCGACAUACCAACCUGCGCAACGACAGCAACCACCAGCAUCGCAGCCUGCACCAAGAGCGCAACCCGCUCCACGUCAACAACCUGUAGCUCAGCCUGCACAACGGCCGCAACCUGCGCAACAACCAACGCCACGACCGGCAUCGAGGCUACAGCAACAGCAACAACAACAACAACAGCAGCAGCAGCAGCAGCAAAGGCCUCAACAACAAGCCCCUCCCGCAAAUUCAUUCAGCCGGACCGCAUCGCCCAACCCAUAUGCGGCAUCGAAUGCUGGGGGCAGGCCUAGAGCACAGACAGCUACUGCCGCUGCACAAGCAUACGGUACACCUGUAGGACGUAACUCGUACUCCUCGAACCGUGGCCCAUCUCCCAAUGUCAACCCCACCCCACGAACUGCCUCGCCCCUUCCCCCACAACAGCCCCCUCAACCAGCCUACGCGCAAUCGCAAUCCCGCCCAGCAUCACGAGCAGCCCCCGUCUCGCGAGCCGCAAGCCCGAACCCACAAUUCCGCCAAUCCCAAGAACGACCCAGCAGUUCCCACAGCGGCAUGGCUCUCGCACUCUCCACCGCAGGCAGCGAGCGUGGCGACGGCAGCGUCUAUGGUGGAAGCCAGUACGGAGGCAGUAGCUCCUACAUGGGCGGCGGCAGCGCAGGAAGCGAAUUCGGCUUCAGCGGCGGGUCUGGUGCUGGUUCCGUGAGAGCGGAAUCGCGGGCUAGGAGCAAGAGUCUGGCUGAACCGAAGAAUUACAAUAGCCAGGGUAGGGUUAUUUUGAACUACUCACGUGCGAUGUACUCGUAUGCAGCGCAGAUUCCAGAGGAAUUGGGCUUCCAGAAGGGCGAUAUCUUGGCUGUGCUUAGGUUGCAGGAUGAUGGGUGGUGGGAGGCUGAGCCUGUGGGCAAUACUGGUCGACCUGGUCUUGUGCCGUCGAACUAUUUGCAGCCGUGCUAA